CACUCUCUCUCUCUCUGUGGCCACCUCAGUCUCUACCCAACACACAACACCACGCUACGCCACCUGCAACUCUCUCUCUCUCUCUCUCUCUAUCUAUCUAUCUCCCUGAUAACAUGAAACUUACGCGGAUUUAGCUAGACAGACUCCAAAACCCUAAAAUAAACUAACCCUCUCUCUCUCUCUGCAACUCUCUCUCUCUCUCUCUCUCUCUCUCUCAUCACAACCCCAUCUCAUUUCUUAAAACCCUUCAACAUCAGACUCUCUCUCACACCCAUUGUUCCCCAUUCCAAACAAACCCAGAAACCCCAUCCUCUCUCUCUCUCUCUCUCUACAGAGAUAUACACAUGCAUUCAUGAGUUGGGUCUUGAGUGUUCUUGUAGGGGCGGUGGUGAAUGGGUUGUCUCAUAUCUCAGCUGGCGUCCAAAUUCGCCUUCUUCCCUCCCUCUCCGGCUACCUAUGCCGUCAAAAAGUCCUCCUCCGGCAAGCUCACGGCGGUCUCCACGGCCUCUUCCAUGUCCGUCCCCAUCGGCGACGACACUUCCCUCGAUGUCUUGUUGCUUGACACCAAAUCUGGGAACAAGAUCGUCGCUUUCUAUCUCAAAAACCCUUAUGCUCGCCUCACUCUUCUCUACUCUCACGGCAAUGCUGCUGAUCUUGGCCAGCUCUACGACCUCUUUGUUCAGCUCAAAGCCAAUCUCAGAGUCAAUCUCAUUGGGUAUGACUAUUCUGGCUAUGGAGCCUCUUCAGGCAAGCCAAGUGAAUCAAAUACGUAUGCUGACAUAGAGGCGGUAUAUGAGUGUCUUGAGACAGAAUAUGGAGUUAGCCAGGAAGACUUAAUUCUCUACGGACAGUCAGUUGGAAGUGGACCAACACUGCACUUAGCAGCCAAAUUGCCAAGGUUGAGAGGCGUAGUUUUGCAUAGUGCCAUUCUUUCUGGUCUUCGUGUGGUCUGCCAUGUGAAGUUCACGUUUUGCUUUGACAUUUAUAAGAAUGUAAACAAAAUUCGGAAGGUGAAGUGCCCUGUGCUGGUGAUACAUGGUACAGAAGAUGAUGUCGUAAAUUGGUUACAUGGUAGUGGAUUGUGGAACAUGGCUAGGGACCCGUACGAACCCUUGUGGAUUAAAGGAGGUGGACACUGCAAUUUGGAGCUGUACCCAGAUUAUAUCCGCCAUCUAUGCAGAUUCAUCCAAGAAAUGGAGAAUAUAAACAGAAAUCCACCUUAGAAAGAUCAGACAGAACCUCCGUCUACAAAAGAGGUCGAACACGGCCAACACAAGUGCUUCAGACAGGUGCUGUAGGAUUAAAUUUCGGCGACCUAAAUGGCCAGAAUGUUUGAAACCAAGCUGCAUAAAGUGUUUGUGCUGGUCGAAGUGC